CGUUACUCCAAUUCUCGGAGAAAUUCUCUGAAUUGGAUGUAAUGGUGAGAAGAAUGAUAAUGGAGAGUUUUGAGUUAGAGAAAUACAUUGAUGGGCAUCUUAAUUCUACAUAUAAUACUCUUCGAAUGAUGGAGUAUACAAUACCUCCUCUUCUUGAUGCUGAUGACGAGGAGUCAAAGGUAGGUUUGCGUGCUCAUACCGAUAAGAACAUGAUCACGAUACUUCAUCAGCACGAAGUUGAUGGUCUCGAAGUGAAGACCAAGGACGAAAAAUGGAUCAAAGUGAAACCAUCUCAUGAUUAUUUCCUCGUUAUGGUUGGAGAUUCUCUAUGUGCAAUUUUGAAUGGUCGAGUGUUUUGUCCAUAUCACCGAGUCAUGAUGAUGGGAAAGAAGAAAAGGUAUUCGACUGCGUUGUUCUCAGUUCCAAAACCAGAAGUCAUCAUUGUUCACCAGAAGAGCUUGUCGACGAAGAACAUCCGCGUAUAUUCAAACCCUAUGAAUACAAAGAGUUUCUUCACUUCUUGACCACAGAAGCUGGACGUAGCGCUCAAUCAGCUCUUCAUGCUUUUGCUGCCCUCUGAAACACUUGAUUUAUCAGAAAUAAUCAAUAAUGUAUGAAUGCACAACUUCGUGUUUGUUAUGCGGGGUUAUGGUUACUAUUUUUUUUGGCUAUCCUUAAUAUGUCUUCACAUGCAUACUCAAGACAUAAGAAAUUUAAUAAC